AUCGCUCGCGAAGGCUCAGGCUUUGGCGGCGGACGUGGUGGCCGUUCUGGCGGUCGCGGACGUGGCUCGGCUGGCAUGAAGGAUGUCCGUGCUUUCGGGGGCGGCCAGCGUCCCAGCUAUGCCGGUGGUAUGGGAGGUGGCGUGGGCGGCGGAGCCGGCGGUUACAGCCAGGGCGGCGGUGGCGGCUACAGCCAAGGCGGCUACGGCGGUGGCGGCAGCUACGGCAACCCAGGCGGUUCCGGUGCCAACAGCUGGUGGUAGAUGCAUCACAUCUUGCCACAGCAAACAGACCACACCAUGGUCCGCCAGUGUCAUUCAUACUGGUCCUUUUUCUUUUCGCGACUCCUGGCUCAGCGCAUUUUCCUUUUUCGGAUCGACACGAGUGGCAGCACACUCACAUUAUACCCAAACUGGCAUGAUAGAUUGCGUUUCUUUCUUUCCCAACUGCAUAGCGACUGCGCAUGCUGGGAAAUGGAGAAGAGACGCUCCUGUAACAACAAUCGCGGCACAUUUCGACGUUUUUACGCAGAGGGCGCUAUCUCCGCCUGCUCUGCAAACCUGACGUUUCAUGGGCCACGAUUUCUACGACAUCAUCGACGCUUUCCUCGCUGCUUUGGGCCAGUGAGUGCUGUGCAACUCAUUAGAUCGGCGUUUUUGUUUUUAUCGAACGGUCUCGAUGGCUUGCAGGGAUGGCAAGGGAAGUCUUCUCCAUUUUGUUCUUCUCGACGACUCUCAGAGGGGCUUGUUUCUUCUUCGAGUUUUCGAUGCUGUAUCAUAGAAGACCCGCUUUGUACAAUUUUUGCAUUCUAUCUAGAUCGCCAAUCAAAAUUCACUUGGCCGUUCAUCAAUUAUAUCUCCGGUCCAAUUUUUUAUCGAUAGGAUGUGAUGUUAUGAGUGGUUGUAUUGUGAAGGAGGGGGAAUGA